AUGUCAUUACCUCACCUUCAACCGACCAUUCCACUCGGCUCCUGGAUCCUCGUCACCGGCGCCAAUGGGUUCAUAGCUUCUCACAUCAUCAACCUGCUCUUAUCAAGCGGAUACAGAGUACGAGGGACCGUACGUGAGCCGAAACCAUGGCUAGACGAAUUCUUCGCCGACAGGCAUGGUCAAGACAAGUACCAGUCCGUCGUGGUGCCCGGCUUAGAAGUUGACGGUGCCUUGGAUGAGUACCUAGGAGAUGUACGGGGCGUGCUGCACGUGGCAUCCGACAUAUCCUAUAAUCCUGACCCACAGGUCGUGAUCCCAAAAGUUCUCGCGGCAACUUUGAACACCCUGAAAGCGGCCGCUAAAGCUCAUGGUGUGAAACGAGUUGUGUUGACCUCUUCUGUUGUGGCUGCUUUUCCCAAUUCAGUGGAUGGAACGAACAGUAUCCUAGAUACCUGGAACGACGCGGCUGUCAAAGCAGCAUGGGACCCCAACACCCCCGACGCUAUCAAGUCCGCGGUGACAUACGCUGCUUCAAAGGUUGUGGCAGAGCAAGCUGCCUGGAAAUGGGUGGAAGAAAACAAGCCCCGUUUUCAGCUCAACACUAUCUUAACGAACUUCAACUUUGGAUCCACCUACCUUCCUCAGCUGAGACGGUCGUCCAUGCGACUUACGCAGAACCUCCUGCAAGGUGACGAUCUGGUGAUGAAGCUGAUUCCCCGUCAAUGGCGUGUCGACGUCGACGACACUGCUCGCCUGCACGCUAUCGCUGUACUGCAUCCUGGGGUUGUAUCGGAACGAGUCUUCGCAGCCUCAGAGCCGUUCAGUUGGGCUCGGGUCGUUGAGAUCCUGCGCCGUCUCCGACCGCAGAACAAAUCGAUUCCCGAUGCACCUGAAGAGGCUGAAAAGAUCUUCUAUGUAGUGCCGUCCCAGCGAGCAGAGGACUUGAUCAAGGAAUUUUACGGAAGACCAGGUUGGACCACUCUGGAGGAGUCUCUAGAAGCCGGGAUCGAAGGCCUGGAAUAG